AUGGAUAACUCGAAAAGCAGGCAUAAUGAUAGUUUGGGUGUUAACAAGAUGGGGAAAAAUAUAAGGAAGAGCCCUUUACAUCAGCCCAAUUUUGGCAAUAACGCAUCUAGACCACAGCCUCAGCCUCAGGUUUACAACAUUAGCAAGAAUGAAUUUCGGGACAUUGUUCAGCAGCUUACUGGAUCACCCUCCCAGGAUCAUCCACCUAGACCUCCACACAAUCCACCGAAGCCGCAGAGCAUGCGAUUGCAGAAAAUUAGACCUCCCCCAUUAACGCCGAUCAAUCGGCCUCGCAUGCCACCGCCAAUGCCAGUGCCUGCUGCAGCCCCUCCUCCAGUUCCUUACAAUAAUGCCAUACCAAGACCUGCUCAGUUUGGACAACCGUUGCCUACUCCAGGGGAUAUGUGGUCUAAUACGUCCGAGUCACCCAUAUCUGCUUACAUGCGUUACCUUCAGAAUUCAAUAAUGGAUCCAGGUUCAAGAGGUAACCAAGUUCAGCCUCAACCACAUCCGUAUCCCCAACCUCAAGUACCAGGCAAUGUCCAGCCUCAGCCCCCGCACUCGUCUGCUUUGCUUCCCAAUCCUCCCAUGACGAUGUUCCCUUCUCCGAGAUUUAAUGGUCCUAUUCCACCUAUGAAUGCUACUAACGCUCCAGUGCCCACUCUUCCUUCACCGCAAGCAAAUGGCCCUCCUCCCCUUUUACCUUCUCCAACCUCUCAAUUCCUCCUGCCUUCUCCAACUGGUUACAUGAACUUACUAUCACCUCGGUCACCUUAUCCUCUUCUUUCACCUGGCAUUCAAUUCCCAUCUCCGCUUACACCAAAUUUUCCGUUCUCAUCCAUGGGGCAGUCGGGGAUUUUAGGCCCUGGCCCACAACCUCCUCCGUCUCCGGGCCUUGUGUUUCCAUUAUCUCCUUCAGGCUUUUUUCCCAUAUCAAGUCCCAGGUGGAGAGACCACUAG